AUGAAGGACAAAAAAAUCAAAAAGUAAGAUUUUUUAAUAUUAAGGUUUUGUUUGUUUAGGUUGGGCAAGAUAAGAAGUAAUUCAAUUGUGAAGGGUUGUAGUGCUCAAAAGAUAUCAGGAUGGGUGGAUUACUUCAAGGCAAGUUUAAAACCGUUUUUCUUUUUAGUUUUAUGAAAGUUUUUGUGUUUACUUAUUGCAAAAAAUGGACACCUGCAGAAAAGAUUUUUUUUUUGAUUUCGCAUGUUUGACGGCUAAAAUUACAAUAUUUUAGUCGAUGUCGCGUUUGGAACAGCAAGAAGCAGUCGAAAGCAUGUUAAAUCAAUGUGAUCAACAACUUUUGUCAAAUAUUAAAAAGGCGUCUUCAAUCAGACUUUUGAAGGAUGUAGUUGGUGAAUCAUCUGUAGAUGUGUCUAGGGAGAUUUUAAAAUAUUUAGACCCGAAAUCGUUAGUGAAAUGUAUGAUGGUAUCAAAGGAUUGGAACAGAAGAGCAAAAGACAAUUUUGUUUGGAAAGAGAAAUGCUUGGAAUAUCACUAUGACGAUAUUAAGGUGUAAGUUAAUAUUCUAUCAUUUUUGUGAUGUUCGGAAAAUCAAUAUCGACAAGCUUUUGUUAAAACAAAUUUGUCAAUUUUUUAUUUUCAUUUUAGGGCGCAUAAACGUAAAAAAUUGCGCAGAUCAAAGAGAAAAGACUUAGACUCUCGGCUUCGUAACAUUGACUGGUAUCAACGGUUCGUUUCACAUGCUAAAAUAAGAGAAAACUGGGUAAAAGACUUCAAGAAAACGACUUACACGGCAAAAUGUGGUAUCAAUCACACUGUAUGUUGUGCUACCGCCAAGGACGGUCUAAUUGUUUGUGGCACAGAUAUGGGACGGCUAAUUAUUUUUAAUGCCUAUCUUAAAAAAGUGAGUUGAUUUUUUUGUGUAUAUUGUAUAAUUUCUUUUUUUUAUGUUUCAGAAAGUACGAACAAUCAAUGCACAUGCGGGCGAAAUUCAUGAUGUUUUUAUACUUGAUGGUGGUGAAAAUAUUGUCAGUGGCUCUACUGACGGUACCUUAGCUGUACAUAAUUCUCGUGGAGGCAAACGUUUGGCCACAAUUUCUGGAAAUAUGGAUGAAUGCGAGGAAAUGGAACAGUCUGGUAAUUUUGUAGCUGCGUAUUAUGGUAAUGACAACGUAAAUGUGUUUGAUUUGGAGAAAGCCACCCGUAGUGCUACAUUUCGUCUCAGAACGCCAAUUUCGGCUAUUGUGUUUGUAAAGGAAACAAUUUUGCUUGGAAUGUGCGAUGGCGAAUUGCUGUUGUAUGAUGUAAAUGGAGUGAUGGUUAGAAAAUUCGAAGGCCACACUUGCGAAGUUAAUGCGUUAUUUGUAUGUUUUAUUUUAAAAGCAAUUAAUAUAUAAUAUGGAAAGUAGACCAAAUGGUUUUUAUUUGUUAAAGAAUAUUUUUUGUUAGAUCACGUUAAUCAGCACCCAUACACUCAAUAGUGUAAGCUUAAACGAAAAAAAUAUUUGUACAAACGUGAUUCGGCACAACCGCGUGUGUUUUAACUUCAAUUCAAAAAAUAAAAUUACUGAACUAUAGUUUUAUUAAAUUGUAUAAAAUGCACUUUUUGUUACUGUAUUUCAGCUGGAUUGGGACAACAAUUUGAUGGUUUCAUGCGAUAUAGAAGGUUUGAUUAACAUUCGUGCUGCGGAUUCUGGAGAUUCUCUUCAGAUCUUGAACUGUCAGAGAUCGUCCGACGUUUUGUAUAUAAAAGAGAACAAAUUGAUCUCGUUUGGCACGGAUGCUUGUAUAUGGGACUGGAAGGAGGGUAAAAUCUUGGCUACAAUUGCUGGAAAAGACAUGCACUGUGAUGGCGUAGAUGAGGCGCAACUUGUCGGCCACAAUCUUCUUUUGACUUCCGGAGAGGAUAACACAGUAAAACUUUGGAAUACGGAUAAUGGUAAGGUUGCGGAGUAAAGUAAAAGCGAGCGGGACUUUUCGGGGAAUGCAUUUUCGGGGAAGACUUUUCGGGGAAUGGACCCUUCGGGGAAUGUACCCUUCGGGAAAUAAGAAGUAAACGUGAUUUAAAAGUUAGUAAGAUGUAAAAGGGUAAAAAAAAAUAAUUUUUACAAAACAUGCCCUAGAGUAAAAUUUAAUUUUUUUUAAAAUUUAUCAAUCUUUUUGAAUAAUAUAAAAAUUGUAAUAUGAACGAAUCACAUUAAACUCCCUGACUGAAUCACAUGUGCCUUUAUUAAGUAUCGUUAACGUUGACAUCGUACCGUGAGCGUUCCUUUGGCACUUUUUUGCAUGCUUUUAAUGUUAGGUCGCAUUUUGUUAGAGUACUGCGAAAGUUAUUGUACCGCGCCGUGAACGUUCUAAUGAAAAGUUUCCCCCGAAAAGUCACUAACCCAAAGUGAAAACGUUUUUUUUGGGAAAAAUUGUUCAUUUUUCAACUUUUUGAAUUAUAAUUCAAAAAUUUCAAAGAAAGCCUUUCGAAAUGUCAAAAUCCUAGGCUGUUUUGUAAACUCCGUUUAGUAUUUAUCAGUUGACUUAUAUAUUGCUGAUGUCCGAAAAUUGACACUACCAUGUUUAAGGUAAUUUCAUACGAAACGUCGUUGACCUUGGAGAAAGCCACGAGAUUUUUUUGAUCCAAGCUACAGAAUCCGCUUUGCAUUACGUAUACGAGGAUGAUAUUGAACAGUCGGCUGUUGGCUUUAUCAGUUUUGAGUUGUAA